AUGGACUGGACAAUCGAAGCCGCAAGGAUGAAAGAUCAGAAACCGGCAGGUGGAUCUAGAUCUAUUGUGGAAUCUUUAAAUCAAUUUAAUAAUAUUGAUAAUGAAUUUAAUAACGAAAUCAAUUCAAAGAUUAAUAAUUCUUUAAAUUGGCUCUACGAUAUCCAACAGAAUCAUGUAUCUGUAUUAUUGUCACCUGAACGAACAGAAAAUUUGAAGCAGAAGGAUAAAGAGAAUGAUCAACCAAUUUUAACAAAUGAUAACGAUUUCACACCAAAGAGACCAAUUAUUGAUGAUACUCCUUUAGAGGUGACUCCAUUAUCAUUAAGACAACAUAAAGAUGUGAGUACUGAACACCAACUUCAUUCAAAUAACAAGUCAACUCAUGAGACAAAAUUGUCACCUUGGUCACCAUAUAAAGUAGAUCAAAGUUUGAAAAGGACAAAUAAACCCAUAGAUGAGACUGAAUCAGAAUCAAUUGUUACUAAUACCGAUGAUAAGAAUGAUAAUACAUCUAAGUUUACUAUGAUGUCAUUGAAUUCUACUUCCUCUGUUACUACAACUACAAAAGUUGAUAAUACAAACAAUAAUAUUGCACAUAAUAUCAAUAACACAAUCUCCACUACCAUCGCAACGAAUAAAUCUCCUAAUGUAACAUUAACAAGAAUGAGAAGAAGAUCAAAUAUGUUUGUACCAAUGCCAAAAAAGGAUCCACUUACAGUUCAUGACUCCAUUAAACUUAAUCAAAAUCAUACAUUUUCUGGAUCAACAUUGAAAAUUAAGAAACAAACAAAUCUAUCUCCAAAGAAUCUUUUGAAUUCUAAUAAACAAAUAAAUAACAAUCAAUAUUCAAGAAGUACCCAAAGCCCCAUUGGCUCGAGAAAUGUUUUUGAUAGACUAUCCUCUACAUCAACUCAGUCAUUCAAUAAAAAAAUCACUAACAAAACUCAUAUCAUGAACAAAAAGCAUACUACAUCUUCAAUAGAUCUAUCUGGUUCGCCAUUAAGAAGGAACACAAGUUCAAGAUAUACUAGCGACAGCUCUAGAAAGAAAUUAUUCGAGCACAACAAUUCCAAUUGGCAAGUCAGGGAAACUUUAAAGAACAUAUUUUCUGUCGAGACUGAAAAUUCUGAAAAAAUUACAAAGAGGGAUCAACAACCAAGGAAUAACGUUAGACGUUCUCUGAUACCAACAUUAAAUAAUAGAAAAUUAUCUUUAGGGAAAGAUAAACGUCAUUCAAUAAAUAUUGGUAGCAAUGGUAAUGGAAACGGUACAAACUCUUCUCAGAAUAAUGAUAAGAAUUUAUCAAUUAUAGGUGAGGAGAAAUCAACAAGAGUAAAAGAAUCCUCUACUUCUACUAUUCAAGAAAUACCACAGAACCUUAACAAAUUUCAAAGUAACGAUCUAGAAGAUACAAAAAGAGAACAAGUGAAAAGAGAUAAUGAUCAUAGACUAACAAAAUUUCAAUUAUUACGAUCUGAGGAACCCAACAAGCAAGAUUUGAAAAAAAAAUUAAAUAAAAGAUUAUCUGAAGUUAUGAAAACACAACAAGAAUCUGAAAAACAAAAGAGAGAUAAACAGAAAAAAAUGUUAACAAAUGAUUUAUCAACGAAACCUAGGGGUAAAAAUUUCAGUGAAUUUAAAAGUUUUGGAACGACACAUAAAUUAGGAAAAACAAGAAGGAGUAAUACAUUCAACAAUAUGAGCCAAGCAUCUGAUAAUGAAGAUGUUUCAUUAUUAAAACAACGAAAUACCUUCGAUACGAGGAAUAUCCUGGACGGAUUAAAUACUGAGGAUUAUAGAAGACGCGUUGGUGAUUCUCUUGAUGGAAAUUCAAUCUAUGAGGGAAAUCCGAGGGAGAAAGAAGCUCCCGGUAACAUGACUCUUCCAGAAAUAUAUUCAGAUUCCGACCAAGAAGACACAAGCACAUUAACUGAAUGGGCUCGAGCACCGUACCUUCAAGAACAAUUACGGCAGCAACAGAACUGGGAUUUCAGGAAAAUUUUUGGUCCCGUGGCACCUUUGCAUAUUGAUGAGAUAUUUAACAAUUCUAGGUUAAAUAAAUUCAAACCCUCAUCAAAUCUAGAAAAAAAAUGA